GUCGUCGCUUCCAUAACAUUAGUCGGGCAUCUUGGUCAUUGUGGCACUGACUGCAGUACUGAGUUAUCCUCGAUAGGAUUUUACACAAAGAUUACUUCAUGGAGAACGUGUCUCCUUCCAUUACCUCUGCUUCGAUCCAAACACCGGCAACAAAGCUUGACCCGGAAAUGGAAAAAAAACGUGAAAUUGUCUGGCGAAAUGUCAUAUUAUUCCUCCUCCUUCAUCUAAGUGCUCUUUAUGGAAUAUACUUAAUUUUCACAUCUACUAUGUGGCAAACGACGUUGUUUGGAUUUCUUGAAAAUAGUUGCAAUAGAAAAAUGGAAAUUUGGCAUAAGAAAUUCAAUGACAUAUAUGAAUGGGUGAGAGAUCACAGGGUACAUCAUAAAUUUUCAGAAACAGAUGCCGAUCCACACAAUGCUAAAAGAGGAUUCUUUUUCUCUCACAUCGGAUGGUUAUUAGUAAGAAAGCAUCCAGAUGUUAUAGAAAAAGGAAAAACUAUCGAUUUAAAUGAUGUAUGGGCAGAUCCUAUAGUACGAUUUCAAAGAAGGCAUUAUACCCGUCUAGUAGUUAUGUUGUGUUUCGUUAUACCAACAUUGUUACCCGUAUGGUGUUGGGGUGAAACUUAUUGGAAUUCAUAUUUUGUGGCUACUUUAUUAAGGUAUUGCGUUUCCCUGAAUGCUACAUGGUUGGUGAAUAGCGCAGCACACAUGUGGGGAAAUCGUCCUUACGAUAAAUCAAUUAAUCCUAGACAAAAUAAAAUAGUCACCUUAUGGGCAUUAGGUGAGGGUUUUCAUAAUUAUCAUCAUACUUUCCCAUGGGAUUAUUCUACAAGCGAAUUAGGAUCGAAAAUUAAUUUCACUACAGUGUUUAUUGACUGUAUGAACUGGUUAGGUUUGGCAUACGAUUUAAGAACUGUUUCACCCGAUAUUAUCAAACAGAGACGUUUAAGAACUGGUGAUGGAAGUGAAUAAUGAAAUUAUAUACAUUGUUUCUUUAUAUAUAUACAUAUAUAUAUAUAUAUAUAUUAUUUUUUCUUAUUUGUUACGGAAUAAUUAUUGUCAAAUUAUACAAAAUAUUUAAACUUGUGGGAACUGAUUUAUCUAUAUAACCUCCUGUUCUACAUUCUAAGAAUGUAAUGAUUAAAAAAAAAA